UAUUUGUUAUUUGCAGUUUGUUUGCAGUUUGCUGUUUGCUUGUUACAUUUUUUUCCGAUUUAUCGAUAAGUUCGCUCUUCUGCAUUCUGUUGGCGAAACAUUUAAACCCAGAUUCUGCACGCAGUUUUGCGCACCCAUGGGAAAUGGAUCAACAGAUUAGAAGUUCGAACAAGAGCCAUUACGAUGCUUUUCAUUUAUAUCUCCGGCAAGAGCGGUUCGAUUUAGCCAUCAAAGAAGUUGCGCAAAUACGCAAAAAUCCUCGACUUCGGCACGAAGCAGUCAGAAGUUUUCUCACACGGGCCAGUGCGUUGUUCCGUCGUGUUCGGCUGGAUCCAGCCGUCGGAUGGUUGGCAGGGGAGAAUGCGGAUUUCGCGGAUACUGUCAGAACCGCUGUUGCGGUGUUGGGAGAUGAUUUCUACGCUGUCCUGGUUGAGCAUUGUGUGGCCUCCGGGGAAGAAAUAGAUCGUUCGUUGGUGAAUUUAUUUCUGGAGUUUUCUCAGGAGGGAUAUUUGUGGACCGAUGUGAUUCGAUUAUGCUUGUCGCUGGCUGAUUGGGAGUUACACCAGCAUCACGACUCUUUUCCAGUGAAUUUUGAUGCAGUUUCCGAGCAUUUAUCCAGUAUCUUGCAGUUUCUGGAUGCAGCACCAAAAAAAUCCAUGCCAAAUCCUAUUUUCAGGAAACCGGAGAAUACCAGCUCCGGAACCCGCAUUUCUCCUGCUCAGUUUGCUUGGAAUAAACCAGAGAUAACGGCCGCGGAAAUCUCGUGCCAGUUGGCACUUUCCGUUGUUUGUGCAAAUUUGUUGCGACAGGAAGCUCCGGUUGGAAGAAAUAUUGUGGUGGAAGAGCUCUAUGACAAAGCGCUACAGAUGAAAAUGUUCCGGGAAGCCGUAUUGCUGGCAAAACACUGCGGUGUAGGAGAGUCUGCAGCAGUAUUCCGAAGUUAUGCAAACUGGAUAAUACAAGUGUCCACAUUAGCCAGAGAGCAAUGGGAAGAAUUUUUCGCUCAGAUCUCAGUUUUUAUUAACCGGUUACCUCUUGUUCCGGCGGAAAUAAACUGGCAAAAAGAAGUUGAAGAUUCCGCUGUUUUCGUGGAAAGGAUACUUUCCAUUCUUCAGACUUCCCUCGUUAAUUUGUUUAAAGAAACGGGAACGAUAACUGACUUGCUCACAAUCGUCGAUGCAUACCAUAUGGCCAGUUUUCCCAUAUUCCUCCAACUGGACCAGCUUUUAGUCAGUGUUAAAUAUUUCCGAGAAUUAUUAUGGCAUUUGCUGGGCCAGAGUUUUGCUCAUGAACGGAUUUUUCAUUACGUUGUGGACUGGAUUGAUGCAGUUAAUGGCGAAGCAUGCAUUGCAACAAGGCCCACGUUUUCUUUGCAAGGUGAUACUCGUGUGGAAAUUCCAUACAUUGGCUCCACCUUAUGGAAUUCUAUUCGGAACUAUUUCUGCUCUGGAGACCCUACAGAUAAUGUGACAAAUAUGUGGGAAACGCUGGAACAUAAGUAUAAUGGCAGGAAUUUAGAUAGUCAGAUUCCAAACACCCAUGAUCAAACUGUGAUAAUAUUCCGCAAGAGAGCGGCAUAUCCAACUAGCGAAGACGAAGAAAGCUCUAGUAGUGAAAACGAAAAUGAUGUGGAAAUGCUAACUGGGAAUGAGUGAAAGUUGGCUGUUUUGAGUGGCAUUGCUUUUCAUUUGUGUAAAGUAUUUUUCGGUUUUCUCUCGUUGUUUGAAUUUUGUGAACUCUGCGUUGGGUUGGAAAAUUCUGGUUAUUACAGCUUUCAGUCAAAAAUUAAUGAAGUUGCGCAUUCGAAGUAUGCUCUACAGUAAC